AUGAACAAAUUUGCAAGGAAGAUGGACACCAAUGUUCUAUACUACGUGGCCUCUGUCCUGAGCCCGCGGAUCAAAUCGUCUUUGAUUGGAACGCAGAUGAACGCGCCAGAUGUGGGAAUGAUCAUCUCUCAAGUGCGGGAGUUCUUGAAAAAGGAGUAUCCGUACGAGCCGUCCAUGUGUAGUAGACCGCCCGCUGGGUAUUUCCGAGACUAUGUGGAGGACUCUUCGAAAAGUAUAGCCGUUACAGCGGACGCUUCUUUCAGACAUUGA